AUGUCUUCAAGAUUCGGCGCCUCGUCGCUGCACCAGCGCGACUCCCGCAGCGCCCUCUUCGAGGGAUACACCGGCGACAACGGCCGCCGGCCCGUCAGCGCCUCGCCCUCGGGGCUUGGCGGCGGGUACGGAUACGGGUACGCGGGGGGCAGCGCUUCGCCCGCGCCGCCCAUGGGCGGGAGCCAUCUCGGCAUCGAUGGUGGCCGGGGGUUCCGGCCUGCGACACCAAACAAACGGUACGGACACCUUGCACUCGAGGGAGGAGGCUGCUUUGGAGUUGUGACGGUGACGACUACGAAAGAGAGGGGCGGAGAGAGAGAGAGAGAGAGAGAGAGAGAGAGAGAGAGAGAGAGACUUGGCUUGGGAGAUGACAUGCUAACGGGCUACAGCGACGCCGUGCUGAACGAGCUGGAGAGCCAGAAUGAUGCGCAGGUCGAGGGCAUCAUGGGCAAGGUCAAGAUCUUGAAGAGCAUGACGGUGGCCAUUGGCGACGAGAUCCGCGACUCCUCGGCCCUCGCCGAGAAGAUGAACGACACCUUCGACUCGACGCGCCUGCGCAUCCGCGGCACCAUGAACCGCAUGCUGCUCAUGGCCGAGCGCACCGGCGUCGGCUGGAAGGUUUGGCUCGGCUUCUUCGCGGCCGUCUGCUUCGUCUUCAUGUACGUGUGGCUGUUUUGA